AAUACGGCCCAAUCAGGACGCAGGUUCCCGGAGCCCCGUCCAAUCAGAGCCGGGGGCGGGCGCGCUCGCACCCGCGUGGACGUCGCUCUCCUCCCGCCGCCUCCCCGCGCGCACCUGCCCCGCGCGGCUCCGGGUGUUCCGUCCCCGUCGCUCUCACCUGCCGGGGCCGCGGGGCCGCGGGGAGGCCGCCCGGAGAGUCCGGAGCGGGCGGAGAUGGACUCAGUGGUCUUUGAGGACGUGGCUGUGAACUUCACCCCGGAGGAGUGGGCUUUGCUGGAUGGUGCUCAAAGGAAGCUCUACAGAGAUGUGAUGCUGGAGACCUGCAGGAACCUGGCCUCAGUGGAUUGUUGCACUGAAGUUAAAAGAAGUGGAUCAUUUUCUCAGUGGGACUUUUUGGAGAAUGAAAUAUCCAGUGAAGAGAAAAUAGUAACAUUCACAGGAAAUGAUUCCUGGUCUGUUUUUGGAGAAAGCUGGACAUUUCAUAACAUUGGAGAUCAGCACCAAACCCAGGAGAGAUGUGUGAGAAGUCGUUUCGUGGAGGGUCUCUGUGAAAGGAAUGAAGGUGAUCACUGUGGAGAAAUUCUGGACCAGAUUACAAACCUUCCUGUGCAUGACUGUUAUCUGACUGGAGUUAAACCCAGUGAAUGCACGAAGUGUGGAAAAUCCUUCACGGAUUGUUCUUUCCUUAGGAAUCAGCAAAGAUCUCACACUGGAGACAAACAUUAUCCAUGUGAGGAAUGUGGGCAGCCCUGCAGUUGUGUCUCAUGCCUGAGUACUCACAUGGAAACAUACUUUGUAGAGAAACCAAAUAUAUGUCAGGAUACUGGGAGAGCAUCUAAGAGAAAUGUGAGGAGUCUGGGUCGUAAAAAGUCUUUUGAGUGUAAGAAAUGUAGACAAGCUUUCACUUGCCCCUCAUCCUUUCAGGGACAUGUGAGACUUCACUCUAGACAGAAAAUCCAUGUAUGUAAGGUAUGUGGGAAAUCCUUUAUGUAUGAGUCCUACCUUACACGGCACAUGAGAACACACACUGGAGAGAAACCCUAUGAAUGUCAGGAGUGUGGGAAAGCCUUCAGUUAUCCUGCAUCCCUGCAAGGACACAUGAGGAUGCACACUGGAGAGAAACCUUACGUGUGUAAGGAAUGUGGGAAAGCCUUCGGUUGUGCCAAAUACUUUACUGUACACGUGAAAACACACAUUGGAGUGAAACCCUAUGAAUGUACAGAGUGUGGGAAAGCCUACAGUUGUUCCUCAUCCCUCCGAGAACAUAUGAGAAUGCACAGUGAAGAGAAACCCUAUGAAUGUAAGGAGUGUGGGAAAGCCUUCAGGCAUCCUCGAUACUUUCAAAGACACGUGAGAAUGCACAGCGGAGUGAAACGUUAUGAGUGUAAGGAAUGUGGGAAAGCCUACAGUUGUUCCUCAUCCCUUCGAGAACAUGCGAGAACACACACUGGGGAGAGACCCUUUGAGUGUCAGCACUGUGGGAAAGCCUUCACUCGUCACUCCUCCCUUCGGGGACAUGUGAGAACGCACACUGGAGAGAGAGCAUAUGAAUGUUCACACUGUGGGAAAGCCUUCCGUUGGCCCUCAUCCUUACAGAAACAUGUGAGAACACACAAUGAAGAGAAACCCUAUACAUGUCAGCAAUGUGGAAAAGCCUUUUGGUAUCCCGCCAACCUGCGAGCACACAUGAGAACACACACUCGGGGGAAGCCCUAUGAAUGUCAGUUCUGUGGCAAGACCUUCAGGCAUCCCGCAAAUCUGCGAGUACAUGUGACAACACACACUGGGGGAAAACCAUGAAUGUAAAGAUUAUGGGAGAGCUUUCAUUCUCCCUUAAAACCUUGU